AUGAUUGGUACAAUUAUUCAUGGUUUAGUUCAUCGACGUCUUAUGGAUAAUGAUGAUAAUGAUGAUGAGAAACGUACUAUGUGUAUUGAUAAAUCAGUUAAAAUGUCGUUAGAAAUAGAUUACAAUUCAUCAUUAAUAUCAAUACAAACAAAUUUAUAUAAAUACGGUGGACCAUUUUUGAUGAUUUUGGGUACUGUAAGUUGCGUACUUAGUUUGAUUGUUUUUACAAAAAAGAACCAACGUAAAAAUCCAUGUGCAAUAUAUUUGGUGGCGUGUAAUAUUGGUUAUCUUCUACAAAUUUAUACAACAAUGCUAUUAGCGAUCCUAUCAAAUGGUUACAAUAUUGAUCCUACUUUAUAUAGUCUGAGUUUCUGUCAUUUUCGUUAUUAUACACUGCUUUUAUCUGCUGUUUUAAGUCCAUCUUAUUUAAUAUUGGCAUCUAUUGAUCGAAUAUUAAUCACUUCACCAAAUGCUCUAACAAGGCAACGAAGUACUUUACGUCUAACUUAUAUAUGCAUCAUAGGUAUAACAUUAUUUUGGUUAUUAGCUCAUAUGCAUACAUUAUUUCUGACUCGUAUUGUGGAACCGGUACCAAAUCUUAUCAUUUGCUCUUUUCAGCCUAGAUUCUAUAUAGCAUUCAUAAAUUAUUAUACAAUAUUAAUCCAAGACAUUCUUAUUCCAUUAUUGAUGAUUAUUUUGGGAGUAUGGGCUGUGAGAAAUCUUCGAAAAAGGCGUCAGGUCACUUUUGCUACUGUCAACACAGCUAUUAUUGCUGUACAUCCUACUCAUUCAAAAGAUAGUCAACUUAUUCAAAUUUUGAUUAUUGAUAUUAGUAUAUAUAUUAUAUUCAGUGCAAUGAUGCCACCUGUUCUUAUAUACUUACAAAUACUUCAAACUCGAUCAUAUAAUUUUGCUGAAUUUCAAUUCGGACUCCUGAUUUUGAAUAUUGCUCUGUUCAGUUCUUAUAUCCCAUUUUGUGUUGGCUUCUAUACCAAUUUUCUCGUGUCUAAAAAAUUUCGAUCUGAAGUUAAAAAUAUUAUCAAGUGUCAACAUCUUGUUCAUAAUUAUUAA